CAGACACACAGGUGAGUUCAGGAUUUUGCUUUCCUCUCGCUGGAUUUUUUCAUCUCUAAUUUCAUAUUUAGGAUUUUAUUUUUAACGGUCUGUGACGUCACUGAGCACAGGUGUGACCAGAGAAAGCUCCUGCUGUCAUCAUGAGCUCGAUAUGGGAAGACCUGGACGACCUGGUGAACAAAUCCUCAUCUUUCUCUGUGAAAGGCGGGGAGAGAGGAACCAUCAAACCCAGAGCUAACUUUGAUGCAGGAGACGACGCCGUGGCGCUGAGGAAGGCCAUCGAAGGACUGGGAACCAAGGAGAAGACUCUGGUCGACAUUUUGACCCACAGGUGCAGCGCUCAGAGACAGCUCAUCUGUGAGGCCUAUCAGGACGCCACAGGCCGAGCGCUGGUGGACGACCUUCGAGGAGACACUGGUGGGGAUUUUCAGGACCUGUUGGUGGCUCUGGUGACGCCUCCUGCUGUCUACGACUGCCAUGAAGUGAUGAAGGCCAUGAAGGGAGCUGGGACAGCAGACGAUGUUCUCAUCGAGAUCUUUGCCUCCAGGUCCACCGAACAAAUCAGAGCUCUCACUGACGUCUACCUUCAAGAAACAGAGAAGAAGGUCACCCUUGACCUGAAGUCAGAAGUUUCUGGAGACUUUGGGGACGCUCUGCUCCUCCUGGCUGAAGGUAAGAGAGACGACAGCACCACUGUGGACAUGGAGAAGGCCAGAGAGGACGCCAAGGCGCUGUACGACGCCGGGGAGAAGAAGUGGGGAACUGAUGAGGCUAAAUUUGUAGAAAUCCUCUGCACGAGGAGCAUCCCUCAGCUCAGGCAGACUCUGGUGGAGUUUAAGAACAUCAGUGGGAAAACUCUGCAGCAGAGCAUCGAGGGAGAAAUGUCCGGAGACAUUAAGGAGCUGCUGGUGGCUGUAGUGAAAUGUGUGAAGAGCGUCCCGGCGUACUUCGCAGAGCGUCUCUAUCAGACCAUGAAGGGCGGGGGCACAGACGAGCGGACCCUGAACAGGAUCAUGGUCAGUCGCUCUGAGAUCGACCUUCUCGACAUCCGAGCUGAGUUUAAGAAGCUGUGCGAGUACUCGCUGCACUCGGCCAUCGAGUCCGAUCUGUCGGGGGAGCUCUGUGAGGCGGUGAAGGCCAUCUGUGGAGGAGACGACUAACACACCUAAACUUUACCUGAAGCCUCUCAGCCACCUGAUCCUGAUUUAACCCCUCUUUUCCUCACUUUCUCUCUCUGCUGCUGUAACUUUAUUGAUCAUUUACUCACCAAUAACUUGAUCAGAGUCUCUGCUAGUCUUUUUUGUCUCUGGCCAAAGUGUCCGGCAGUCCUUAAGAAUUUUAUCCUUUUAAAAAUAACCACCAGACAUUAAAUCUAGGUAGCCCUGUGACCCAUAACCUGCAUUCAACAGUAAACUCUGACACAGCUGGAGGUCUGUGCUGAAACACGUUUUUAUUUCUGACUCAAGACUGGGACAGCAGAAACCGAGCCAACCGUAAAUGAUGUUAUCCUGUCAUUACAGCCUGGUAGACACAGAGAUCACAUGACCAGACCUUAGAAAUGAUGCAGACAGACUUUCUUUUAUCUGUCUGUGCAGCUUUUUAAACAAACUAAUGAAAGCUGAGGGCUUUUCCUUUCACACAUGCAGUCAGCUGAAAACUAUAUUUCUAUAUUCAAACAUAUAACAGCCCUUAGCUUCACAUUACAAUGUUACAAUGUUACAAUGUCAUUUAGCAGACGCUUUUCUCCAAAGCGACGUACAUUUGAGAGCAAGAACAACACAAGCAAUGAUCUAG